ACGGCCAGCGCGAUCCUAGAAUCGAUCCUUUGUGAAUUUUUUGUGUUUCCUUGAAUCUCCGAUACUCGGCACAAUCCUUGAAUCUCCGAUAUUCAACAGGUGGCCCGCUAGUCAACGUUUCGUUUCAGGUGUCUCGUCCUGUGGUUGAUCAACAUGACGGAUCGGCCGCAAAUUUACCUGACGCGUAAAGAAUGUUUCAGCGCUUGCCAUCGGCUGCACAGCCCUUUUUUGAGCGAGGAAGCUAACCGCGAGGUCUACGGCAAGUGCAAUAACCCGAAUGGACACGGCCACAAUUACACCGUGGAAGUGACGGUCUUUGGUCCAGUGGACAGCAAGACCGGCAUGGUUAUGAACAUAACCGACCUAAAGGAGUACAUGGAACAAGCGAUCAUGAAAAAGCUGGACCAUUUGAAUCUCGACAAGGACGUGCCGUACUUUAAGAAUCUACCCAGCACAACGGAGAACGUGGCCAUCUUCAUCUGGGACAGCCUGAAACUGCUCAUGGCCAAACCGGAGCUACUGUAUGAGGUAAAGAUCUACGAGACGGAUAAGAACUCUGUCAUCUAUCGUGGUGAAAAGCAUCCACCGGGGUACGAACCACCACAGAAACCGGUGGCGGUGAAACCGAAGAUUUCUUCCUCGGAAACCUCAUCCAACCUAUCCUCCGAUUCGGACGGCUAAGCUAGGCGUUGGACAAGACAUCUCUACGUACAGUAUUUACUGUAUCCAGUUCGCGAGCAAACGACGCAAUCUUGGCGCGUCUCGGUGUGCUUCAGUAUUGCCAUUUGCAGGUUCCAUGGUGGCCGUGCGGGCUUAAGACAAUAUUGCCGAAUGCAAAUACGAAUAUAUUCCUGGUUUCUUCAAU